AUGGCCGCUUCUGAGCAGCGUUAUCGCGACUAUUCUGCCAACGAUGAUGACUACGACCGAGCUCGACCAGUAAAAAAACGACGUUUUGAGGGCGAUGACGAGUCUCACGAGAGCGCAAAUCAGUCCAGACAUUAUGGCCGAUACGAAAGGCACGAGGGUCGCGGACAUCAUCGAUCGGCCUCGCCAGACAUGACGCAACGCGAUAGAGAAGGGGAUGAUGCUGCAAAAGAUGAGCACCGUCAACGACACCGCAAGCGACACAGGCAUCAUCACCAUCACCACCACCGCUCUUCGCGCCCCGCGCCACCCGCAGAGUUGCCUUACGGCGCACGCCCUAUCUCUAAAUCCGAUCUUGACCUCUUCCGGCCGCUGCUGGCAAGGUAUAUAGACGUACAGAAGAACAAGGAUAUGGGCGAUAUGGACGAGCGCGAGAUCAGGGGCCGUUGGAAGAGCUUUGCAGCCAAAUGGAACGAGGGUACCCUGGCCCAGAGUUGGUAUGACCCAGAGUUAUUCGAGGAAACGCGACAGUCUGGGUUUUGGGACGUGAGCAGCAAACCGAAGGCCACGGGCAGAAGUACCGUAGGCACAGAAGAUGCGUCGUCGGCAGGGGAGGAAGACAACGGCGAUGGCACAGCUAGAAACAAAAGGUCGGGCAACGCCGAUUCAGAGGGUGAUGACGACGAAGCAGACGACUACGGUCCCGUACUACCGGGCUCUUCACAAUACCGUUCCUCCGACAGGCAUGGGCCGGGAAUACCAAGCCUACAAGACCUCGAGGUUCGGCGCGAGAUGGAUGAGGAGGACGGCCUCGACAGUGUCUCGCGACUCCGGAUGGAGCGCAAGGCCGAUCGCGCGGAGCAAAAGGCACGGCUGGAGGAGCUCGUACCGCGCGCCGAGGCCGGCACGCGCGAGCGCAAGCUAGAAAAGAAGAAGGAAGUCAAUGAGAAGAUGAAAGGUUUCCGAGAGCGGUCUCCUGGAGGGGCGACCGAGGUCAACGACGGCGAGCUCAUGGGCGGCGGGGACAGUGUCGAGGAGCUCAAGCGGAUGCGGGCUUCGGCCGAGCGCAAGAAAACGGAGAAGGAGAUUCGCCGCGAGGAGAUCCGGAGGGCCAAGGAUGAGGAGCGCAAGGAGAAGCUCAGGGAGUACCGAGAGAAGGAGGACAAGGCCAUGGUGAUACUGAAGGAGUUGGCUAAGCAGAGGUUUGGUUGA